AUGUCAAAUGACCUUGCCAGUUUGUAAACAAUACGUUUGUUGGAUUUUAAUAUUUUGAUAUAUUUUCUGUUUUUCUUAUUUAUUUAGAUAAGACGUUCUGUUUUGGGGUUAACAAGUUUAAGUGAUAUAUAUAAUACGAUGAAUAUUGAUUUUGAGACCAUGGCUGUUUUGGAAGAGGAAUCACACAAUGAAUCCCUGGGCGGGGUGUACGGGUCAACAGGCGCGUCCGGUGCGGAGGGGGGUGAGAGGAGGGAGAGUGGCAAGCGCGGCCGCAGACCCGGCAGAAAGGCGCAACUCGACAAGCAGGACAUGAAGGCUAAACUGGAACGCAGCAGGCAGUCGGCGCGUGAGUGUCGCGCCCGUAAGAAGCUCCGUUACCAGUAUUUGGAAGAGUUGGUGGCUGAUCGAGAGAGAUCAGUACUUGCGCUGAGGAAGGAACUCGAUAAGUAUUACAAAUGGAAUCUCGAACUCGACCAAGGCCGUAUGCCGGAUGGCAUCGAGACGCUGCUCCAGGAAAUGGGGGUAGUGAAGCAAGAGGAAAACAAACCUUUUUGAAUAUAUAUCUUCAGAGGUAACACUUUACCUUUUCUCUUAUAUUUAUCUGCUGUACUUAAAAUGAAACUUCUUCACAAUUCUGGCCAUCACAGAAGUUAUUUUUUUUUUAAGUAAAUUCGUAUUUCGAAACCACAAUUUGAAUUAAUUUUUACUUUUUAUAUGAAAAAUUGUUGGCAAAUAUUCUUGUGCAAAUUAAAAUAAAUCGUAAUAUUUUUAACUAUACCAUUUAAAAUGUAACAAAAACAUGAAAUUCAAAAUUUCAUUAUUUUUAAUAAAUGUUUACAUUUCGAGUAAGUACUUUUAUAUAUAUAUAUAUAUUUAUAGUUAUAUAAACAAUGUCUCAAGUAUAUAACUCUUAUAUAUUAAUAGUUUUGGUAUGAAUGUUUAAUUGUUUAUAUUUGGUUUGACCAAUUUAAUAUAUCCUAAGAGGAAAAGAAAAUUUAUAGCUGUUUUUUUUUUAUGAACAAUAUAAUGUCAUUAUAAAUUGACAUUUUAUAUUAAAACUAAACUACGUUUAAAUGUUGAAUUUUAAAAUGUUUCGUAACUAUUUUGUUUUAAAAACUUAGUCGUAACGUUUUGCGUUAAAUUUCUGUCUGUCUAAAUAUUUAAUUUUUUGUUCUACAAGUUUUUAAUAUCCAAGAUUUAAACGUGUAAUGCAAUAAUGUGUUUUUUUUUUUAUUGUUAUUUGUCGAUGACUCUAAAUUAUUCAGAUUGCAUACGGUUUCAAUAAUUAUUUUAAAUGUAAUAUUUUUAAUUACACUAAGGAAUCACUGGUAAAAUUCUCAAAUUUAAAUACGUUUUGUUUUAUCUGUUCCUUGUAUCGUACAUUUUAAUCUAUGCGUUUACACAUGCUUGUUCGUAUUUCGUCUCGCCAUCUAACAAAUUGUUUGGCGAAAUAUAUGUGUGACUCGAUUGUCUGUUCACAAUCGAAUGUGUGAACACCACUUCGCCUCAGUAAUCGAUUUCCUUGGACUCGUGCACAAAAAACCGAACCGAGCGUUACUCGCUUAGUCACUCGCGCGAAUGUGUAAAUGCGACUUUAUGUUAAACGUAUUUACUCUAGUUGAGAAUUCUUCCAUGAAACUUAAUUCCGUUAGAAGCCGUAUACUUAAUCGAUUAUAUUAUUGAAUGAUUUAAUAUUUUAUAACGUAAUUUUUAUUUACAUAAUCAUACAUAAUCAGCCUGUAAAUUUCCCACUGCUGGGCUAAGGCCUCCUCUCCCGUUGAGGAGAAGGUAUGGAGCAUAUUCCACCACGCUGCUCCAAUGCGGGUUGGUGGAAUACACAUAUGGCAGAAUUUCGUUGAAAUUAGACACAUGCAGGUUUCCUCACGAUGUUUUCCUUCACCGCCAAUUUUUAUUUAUUAUUUUCUAUUUAACAUAUGGAUGUGAAUGAAAUUACACUUAUGGUUUUAUAGAAUAAGAUCUUUUCUCUUGUAUUUAAAAAGAAAAAAAUAUAUUGUUUCAAAUGGCAAAAAAUAUUAUAAGUUUUCACAUAUCAAUAUUUUCUCUGUUUAUCCGAAUUUGGCGAAAACGUUUUUUCAUAUUGUUCGAGAUAUACAAACAUCAAGAAUGCUACAACAUAAAACGGAAGUAUAUAAUUAUUGUUAAUUGAUUACAAAAAAUACACUAAUGAAAGCUUCUCAACAAUUUUGACAGUGACAUUAAAAA